GAACGUGAUAUUAUAGAAAGGAUCGUGCGACUGGUAAUAGCCGGGGAAAGUGUUGCUAUUACGGAACAGGGAAGAGAAUUCACAACGGCUGCUCGUUAUCUAAUUAAAAACGAGAAGUGCCCCAACGUUGAAUGUGUAGCACACAUGGAUAAAUUCUUAUCAAAAAUAUCUAGUUUGCUAGAAGUUGAUGUCAUGCCUGGCCUGGGUGAUCCAUCUACUUAUCUAAUGCCUCAGCAGCCGAUUCAUCGUGCAGUAUUUGAAAUGGGUUCAAAACACGGGAAAAUGCUCAAUCUCGUGACCAACCCUUAUCAGUUCAGUUUGGAAGGCGUUCAUAUUAUGGGAACAUCGGGUGAGUCAAAUCAAAUUGGCGAAUGCUUAUCCGAUUUGAAACGUUUCACUAAGAGAUUAAAUGGUAUUGAAUUACUCAGCAGAAUUCUCCACUGGCAACACCUGGCACCGACUAUCCCGGAUACCGUAGAUGGAUUUCCAUUCGUGGAUCGAGACCCAUUUAUUAUUGAAUUAUUCCCCCAUAUACUUUUUGCAGCCAAUCAGCCAGAAGCAUCUCAUGUUGUUGUUGAAUAUGAGGGAAAUCGGCGCACACUCCUUCUUUCCAUACCGAGUUUUACGAAAACAUUUUCAAUGGUACUUGUAAACUUACGAAAUCUUGAAGUCGUUGAACGUAACUUUUCUGUUGAUCGACUAAUUUGUGACAUUUAA